UGAAGCCUCUAUGUAUAUAACCUUUGCUUUAGAUUUGAAGACAAACAUUGGCCGCAAUUUUUAUUUGUGUGUGAUUGUGAAUGCAUGUGGAUAUGAUUUAUUCAGAAUAUCUAUGGACUAAGUGAAGUUGUCUUCCUGCAUAAGUAUUGUCAAUUGCGUACGAAUCCUUCCUCAAUGCGACAAAACAGAUAGAAUGCCAAAAAACAUCAAAAACACACACGGAGACACAAAAACGCCUGAAUACUACGCCAGCGAAAGCAAUCCGUCAGUGAACAGCGACGCAAAGAUCGAGGACCCAGAUGAACGAGGCCAAUGGGGAAACAAGGCGGAGUUCAUACUGUCUUGCAUAGGUCUCUCCGUUGGUCUGGGAAAUGUUUGGCGAUUCUCAUAUCUGGCCUAUGAAAAUGGUGGAGCUGCCUUUGUCAUUGCCUACCUAAUCCUGCAGAUUCUGAUCGGCAAGCCUAUGUACAUGAUGGAACUUAUAAUAAGCCAGUACUCUGGAAGAGGCCCAACAGGUAUAUGGGCGAUGAACCCCAGUGCGAAAGGUAUUGGUAUCGCCAUGGGCCUUAUAUCACUGGUCGCUUCAAUCUACUACAACGUGAUCAUAGCAUAUACACUGUAUUACUUAUUUGCCUCGAUGCAAAAGGUUUUACCAUGGACAAAAUGCAGAGAUGAAUGGCUUGACUAUGGUUGCGUCGAAAAGACAACCCAUAAACUCGAAACAUGUACCGGAAAUGUAACCCUUGAUCAAGGUGUUAAAUGUUUGUGUAGUUUAACAAACUACACCUUUAAUGAAGGUCUUUCAGUCAAUUGCACCAACACUACCAACACGGCGGUCGCUGAAUUAUAUUUCUAUAAGACGGUGAUUCAAAAGGCCCCUAAUAUGUACCCCUCAGACAUGGGAGCCCCAAUAUGGCAACUGGCCCUUUGUCUCCUCUUGGCCUGGAUUAUUGUAGUUGUGUGCCUAAUUAAAGGGAUCAAGUCCUCUGGAAAGGUUGUGUACUUCACUGCCACAUUCCCGUACGUGAUUCUGAUCAUUCUUCUGAUCAGAGGAUGUCUGCUUGACGGGGCCAUCGACGGCAUUAAAUACUUCAUCGUUCCAGAGUGGAAAAAACUGGCCUCUUUAGACGUGUGGGCGGCUGCAGCGGGACAGAUGUUCUUCUCGCUAUCUGUGGCAUUCGGAGGUAUCCUAAUGUUCGGCAGCUACAACAAAUUCAAGAACAACGUAUAUGGUGAUGCUUUGCUCAUUAGCUCAAUGGAUCUUAUCACCAGUAUCAUUGCUGGCUUUGUCAUCUUCGCUAAUCUUGGUGGCAUGGCCAAGCAGAUUGGAGUGGGUGUGAAGGACGUGGCCAAGGGAGGAUAUGGUCUCGCCUUCGUGGCAUACCCCGAGGCUCUCUCCAAGUUACCGCCCAAUCAGCUGUGGUCCAUAUUGUUCUUCUUUAUGCUGUUCACACUCGGUCUGGAUAGUCAGUUUGGUUUCUUGGAAACCACUCUUGUGUGUAUCCAGGACGAAUUUCCGAGACUACGGAAGUACAAGACGCACAUGUGCAUCGGUUUUGGUGUCGCAUUAUACUUAAUUGCUCUUCCUUGCAUCACGCCGGGUGGGGACUAUGUGGUAACGUUGAUGGAUUUCUUCGGUUCGGAUUUCUCGGUACUUUUCAUAGCUGUGUGUGAGAGCAUUGCAAUAAUGUGGGUGUACGGAGUCAAACGGUUUAUGAAGGAUUGCGAAUACAUGCUUGGACAUGCGCCACGACCGAUGUACUUCUGGGGUUUCUGUUGGUCCGUGUGUGCUCCUUUUCUGAUUGGGGCACUCUUUCUCUAUCGAAUGAUUAAAUUCAAGUCCCCGGAAAUAACCAAAGGUGUUCCGUAUCCACGGUUUGCCCUGGGAAUAGGAUUUUCCCUUACCGCAUUGGUACUGAUUCCGAUACCCCUGGUAUUCCUGUACAAAUUAUUUACGGCCAAAGGGAACGUGUUCGAACGUCUACGAACUAUAACCACCCCUGAUGCAAAUUGGGGACCAAACGAUGGUAGUAUGAAACAACAUCUUGCUUACAAUUUGGACAUGGUCGCAAAAUAUGGCGUUGACAAUCCUGAAGUUGUUGCUUAUGGAGACGUGUAUACACAUAUGUAAUUUGAUUUGUUCCCUCGAUUGUCAUUAGCUGUAUAAUAUAGUUCAGGUCCAUAUUACGUCUAUUGUGCGAAAAUAUGUUGAAGGUAUUAUUUUUUUUUCUAUUAUAUUGUGUCGCGAAUAAUAGUGUGGACUUGAUCAUACUUAAUAUAAUAAAAGCUUUUCAAGAAUAGGGACAAAAUCAUACAUCGAAACAUGAGAAUCGGCCAAAUUAGUUUUGGGUUUUAUUUGAUAAAAAGCCUUUUAUCACUGUAUUGUCGUGCAGGCACUAAACGUGUCCAAACUGCAUUCUGCAGGUAAAAUAAAUAAACAAUAGGGGAAAGCAAUACCAGAAAUCAUAACGGCGUAGAACCAACCUAUCCGCCUAUGAAACCCCCUAAGAACAAACUGUAAGAAUUAUUGUAAAAUUAAAUCGGCUCAAAUUUUCGUAGAUGAAACGCGUAUAAAUAAUGAAACGAAUAUAUGAAGAUGUAAUUGCACGUAAACUGAACAACAAAUACGAGCAGUUACUCCUACAAACAAACAAUAAUUUGAUGUACCACUACAUGUUGUAUCUUAAAGGGGCCUUUUCACGUUUUGAAAGUUAAUUCAGAUUCGCAUAUUUUGUUUAAAUUAUGACAUUUGUGAGGAAAUAUUAAUACUGAACAUUUACCAUGCUCUAAAAUAUCCAUUAUAUGCAUCUUUGACGAUUUAAAAAUCUGAAAAUUAUAAAGCGUUGCAACGCAAAACGAGUAAAUAAUUAGGAGAGUUCUGUUGCUUUCGCUAUAUUUUGUGUUACUACGAGGAUUGCUUAUAUAAAGUAUAAAAUGCAUCCAGCAUUGUAUAAGCACGGAUGACCGACUGGUCAUAAUGGUAGACUUUAACCCAAGAAAUCCAGGGGUCAGUGGUUCGAGCCCUGUUGAGGGUUACCUUUUGUUCUUGAAUUUUUACUUGAGCUUUUUAGAUCCAAUGUUUACAUUUAUCAAUAUAAAGCAUUUAAUGACAAACUUCAAUACAUGCCAAUAUCUGUGGAAAGGCCCCUUUAAAUAAUAGUUUAGCUGGUGUAAACAAUAAUAUGCAUUGUUGCAUUCGAUGAAAGACAUCCCGUCACAUUUUAAACAAAUUUCUAAAAAACUAUUUAACAUGACACCGAAGAAGACAUAUGUCAUAUCAAAUACAGACAUGUACAAGCAAGGGUCUGUCAAUUCAAUGGAUAGGAAACGUCGCGGGUGUGGAGAAAAACUUCUGGUAAAAGGCGAAAACUUCUAAAAACCGGCAGACUGGAAGAAUUUCCUCACAAAUGACGAGAACAAGCCACAACUUGUGAAGAUCGUGUGCAAGUCAUGUGAGCGCGAUGAAUAUGCAAAUAAACUAGAAGGCAGGAAAAUUAUUCUGGUUUGUGAAUAAGAAGCCUUUCAGUUCACAACAAGAGAUGGAGAAACCACUGAAAAGACACUUGUUGAAGACCUGAACUCGACACAAGAGGAAACCGACACUAGAAUUAUUAUGUAUGCCCUGUAUGGGACAGAACAGGGUUACAACACUAUUCAAAUUCGAACCCCUGACAGUGACAUAUUAUUCAUCACUUUGUACUACAUUCAAUUAUUUGACGGUUGCAAGAUACUUUUGACACUUGUGCUGACAAUCAAAGAAAAUUAUUUGACAUGAAUGAAGUAGCUACGGAAUUGACUGAAGAGUUCAGAUCAGCACUUUUAGGUGUGCAUGCAUACUGCGGUUGUGACACAACAAGCGCUUUCAAAGAAAAGGGGCAUAUUAAACCUAUUAAGUUGAUGGAAAAAAUGCCACGAACCGUUGCUCCAAUUGCUGCUUUAGAAAUUACUUGCACAGUUGCAGACGAAGUAGUAGAUGAAUUGGAUAUAUUCACGUGUGUAAUGUACGGCAAUUCUAGAACCGACUCGGUAGAUAAAUUGCGUUUUCCUAAAAAAAGGAGGUCUGUGAUGAUAGCCCAAAUGCGUCAAAGAAUGUAGACUGUGAUAUUUGUCUAUUUUCUCCCGAUUUUGUUAGUUUCUCAUUAAUGUUAAUGAAUAUGCAAAUGAGAUAAAUAUAUAAUUUUUGUCUUUAAAAUAAAGAACAAUGUAGCCUUUGUUUAAACACUACUUUGUUUGUAUUACGAUAAAAUAAAAUAUAUAAUGAUGUGA